AUAAAAUGUAGCAGGGGAAAGAGGGGAAGCAUUAGAAAAGGAAACCCUAAUCACAAAAAUGCUUCGUGAUCUCUUCGUUGCUACCAGAAAGGGCGAUCUCAAAGUCCUGCAAGAUAUAUAUGGACAGAACCAGCGGCAUGUGACCAGGGGACUUACUUUUGAAGGAAAUAGUGCUCUGCACAUCGCUACAAGAGAAGGGCAUCUCGAUGUUGUUAAAUGGCUAGUUAGUGUGAAGCCCUGCUUGGCUGCAGCUCGUAAUUCUGAUAAGAAUACGGCGCUGCAUGAAGCUGCUAAGAAGGGUAAGCCUGAGGUUGUGAAAACUCUGCUUAAGUUUAACAAGUAUGCUGUGUACAGGCGCAAUCAGUUUGGAGAGACUGCCCUGAUAAUAGCUUCAGAGCACAGUCAUGUGGAAGCAGCGGAGCUUUUGCUAGCAGCCACGCCAUUGUUUCUGGUUUUCUGGCCAAGGGAGGACCGUCAGACAUGCCUCAAUACUGCAGCUUAUGCAGGACAUCUAGAUGUAGUAAAGCUAAUACUUGGUGAGUCUAGAUUCUGCUUAAAUAUCAUGCCUUUCAUGCUGCUGAUAGGGGAUGAAAAGGGUGUCACCCCAUUGCAUGCAGCUGUUCAUGGUGGACAUAAGGAGAUUGUCAAAGAGAUAUUAAGACCUGAGUUGAAUGAUUGGCAUAAGAGCUUAAUGACAAAGAAGGAUAAAUUUGGACGGUGUGCAAUCCAUAUAGCAGCCAUGAAGGGCCAUGGAGAUAUUAUAGAUUUAUUCAUGACAUCAAUGCCAGAUUGUAUUGAGAUACGAAGCACCUGCCUUAAAACUGUUGUGCACUUUGCUGUGGAAUAUGACCAACUAUCUGUGUUCAAGAAGUUACUAUUUGAAAAUGAGGGCGAAACUAACGCCAAACUGGUGAGCUAUGACUAUGACAUUUGGGGCAAUACAGCCUUGCAUUUGGCCGCCAUGAAUGGAGUGGAUCCCCUGCUUGUAGACUACUUGUUGUCAUUUCCUGGAGUAAAAGCAGAUCUUGUCAACAAUAAAGGUUUAAGCCCAUUGGACAUAGCAUUACAUGCAGUAUCUCAAGAUAAGCCAAACUUUGGUAAUAUUGUUCAACGUUUGAAAGAUCAUGGUGCUACACAAAGUUUAGUCUGCCAUUGUAGAUCAGAAUCACCUCCUUGGAAGUCACAACAAACAACUAAUAAAACUGGCAUUGAGAGCAAAAUAUUGGAUGUAGACACACUUGUGGCAUCACUCAUUGCCACAGUGACAUUUGCAGCUGUAUUCCAAAUACCUGGUGGAACUGAUAAGGAAAGUGGUCUUGCCAGUAUGUCAUUAGAAACAGUUUUUCAUGUAUUCUUAUUCUCAGAUUGUCUUGCCUUCUUUGCAUCCAUGACAGUAGUGAUUGCAUGGAUUUUUCGAGAAAGAUUGCAGACAAAACUUGUUGCAGAUCGGUCAGCACUAGCCAAAUUAUCAAUGGUAAGCUUCGGGAUAGCAAUAGUCUCUACAUGUCAUGGCUAUUUACAGGUGAGAUUGUGAUAACAUUUUUGGCACCAUUACUUGCACUUGUGUUCUUAUCAUUGUCAUGGCUAUUUGAAUAUAACUUUCGUGCAACAAAUGAGAGACAAGCAAGACUCAAGUGGGAACUUAAACGGGUCGUCAUUUCUACACUCCCUGUGACUACAAUUGUACUUGUUAUCAUUUUUGUUUAUAUCACUAUAUGAUUAAAUGCUUUCUAUAUAGAAGAAGCAUGCACAAUAGCAUAAUCUUUGAUUUUUUAACAA